CGGGGUGGUGCUAGGAGUCUCUUUCGUAGCUUUCGGUGUCAGGCUCCUACUGUACUCGUUCGUAAACAAUCCGUGGUGGGCAGUAGCAAUAGAUACACUCAACGGCUGCCAAGCGGUCAUGUGGGCAGCGGUGACGUCAUACGCCAGCAGCUCUGCCCAGGAUAACCUACAGACAGUCGCUCAAGCGAUUAUGGCCACAACGUUCUUCGGAAUUGGCGACCCUUUAGGCAACCUGGUCGGCGGACUAAUAUUCGACCAGUAUGGCGCCGUGGUGUCCUUCCGAUGCCUCGCUGUCUCCUGUCUGAUCGGAUUUCUUCUCUUCUACCUGCUGCACAGGUGUUUCGGGAAAAAAGAGAAUCCUUCAGAACGGCAACGGGGCACCGGAGAAGAAAAUGAGACGAAAACGCCUUUUGCACCAGCCAGGGAUGAGGACGAGUCGGCGGCCCUAAAACCGGGCGCGUUUCUCAAAGGUGGGAGUGUGACCAACAGAGCUGGUGAACACAUCGGCUUCCUCCGCAUUGUCAGGCCACAGAACACUGCCUGGUGAAAAUUCUGCACAAGGAAUUCUUUUUUGUAUCUGUGAAAGUGUUUAUAACACUUCAACAAAAUUCAGCAAAGCUAGACUGACUGGAUAAUUUCUAGACUUGAUAAUGUAUAGUGAAUAAUCGAGCAUGGUGCAAUGCAUUGGACUGUCACUGAGUUGGCCUAGCCAUUAAUUGUUCUAACAUAAGGAUUGCAUAAGGCGUUGGACUCUGCGUCAUCUAAGCUUCUUCGGCGUGUAGAAUAAACUUUUAAAACAGUUAAUAUGCUCCGAUUGGUUGUCCUGUUCUGACCUGUAGCUAUUCGCUGAAGAACCCAACACCGUGACUUGCCGAGACGAGUGCGUGUGACCCUGUGUUGGCUUGGCUAAAGUCUUGGGGAUGCCACCAGUGGCUUUUGUCUCUCUUCACUCUUAUUCAAUUGUUAGUCCAGAGAGAUAUCCGCUUAAGGGAAGAGAGAGUUGUCAUGAACCCCCGUACAUCCCGAUGUGAUCAAAUAGAUCUGCCCGUAUAUGCAGCUUGUACUGUUCAGUAGAAAUCUGGUAAGAUAUGCCAUAAGACGGUUAUACCGGGUAUGCAAAACAAACAGAAAACAAAACAACAACAACAAAAAACAGCCUGCCCGGCCUCGAUGAUCAAGAUGGGAUGGGAAUGUAACAGAACUCGUUCGUUAGGUCCGGGAGGAAGAGUAAUGCAGAUAACGUUAACGUUACAGCUUGUUUUUAUGCAAAUUAAAAAGAGGUGUUCUUGAAGCAUACCAGUUGAAAGACUUGUACUAAUUAGUACGCAAUAAUGACAUGUGAUAUUUCAUA